AUUUAUAGUUCAAAGAAGCCUGGGAAUCUUUACUAACGUGGAAAGAACACAACAAAGAUGAAGGCAGAGGGAAUAAUGCAGAUAUUUGUUUUGCUGAUUUCUAUUUCAAGCUAUGCAGCGUCAACACCAAUCAUAACAGACAUUGCUGUACACGAGAAUUAUGCUUACAUUUUUUGGCAAAUCCCUUCAUUUGAUUCCUACACUGAUGCCCGUGUUGAAUACAGCGAUGGCGAAAGCAAAAAGAAUUCAACAAAUAAACUGAACGUGUUCAAGAAAGGUUCUCUCUUAUAUGUAAAAUCGGGAACUAACUAUUCUGCUCGCAUUCAAGUUUUCAGUGGCACUAAGAAAAGUGGAUGGUCUCCGUUUAAAAACUUCACAACACCUGGACUGUCAGCAAUACCAUCAUUAUCUAUACUAAACGUGACUUCGUCGUCUGUUCGUAUAUCAUGGAAACCGCUAACAAAGAGCGACCAAAGAUACGUUAUUAAAGUACAGUCGGCAUUUACUUCAAAGCAAAUUCCAAUCAACAGCACACACUACCAAUUUUCAGGCUUACAAAGCGGAUCAAAAUACAACUUUGGGGUGAAUGUGGUGGAUUCAAAAACUCGCCAGCAAUCUUCAUUAACAAGUAUAACAGUAAUUACAUUACCAGAAAACGAUGCUCCCAAAAAUCUACGAAUACUACCUACACCAGACUGGCCGAGUGGUAAAAUUUUGCUACUAUGCGAUGCAACAAAAAGUGAUGGUGCAAGCUCCUAUGAAAUAUCAGUCACCAACAAAAAGUAUUUGUUACAUUCCAGAUAUGUAUCUUGUCCACUUGUCACCACACCGAAUAUCAAUAGCGAUUUUGUGAAAGUAAUUGUCCAGUCUUGCAUAGUCAAUGAGUUGUUGUCGGAGACAGAUUACAUAAUCAAAGUUAGAAUUGUCUACACAAAAGACAUAAAAGGAAAAUGGUCACAUCCAAUUGAUGUUUUAAUUGGAGAAGAAAGGCAUCAGCUACUAAUUACAGAUAAACCGAAUAAGCCCACAUCUAAUGCAACUGAAACACGUGUUUAUACACAAACUAAAGUAACGCGACAUCCUACAGAUACAUUACAUGGAAAAUACAGAGAAGAGCUUGAAGCACGAUUGUCAUUGAAGAAGAAAACAAAUAUUUUAACAGGCUUUCUUGUAGCUUUAUAUGUAACAGUUACAAAAAAGGGAUGACAAAGCCUUUCCAUAAGAUUUAAAAUCGCUAAUUUUUUUCUAAAUACCGAGAUUUGUUAUUAAAAGAUGUUAAAAUUUAAAUUUAAAACGUUACUAGUUACUUUUAAUAUAUUUGGUCAAAUAACGAAAAAACUGAUUAGCGCCAGCAGCAGGAUGCAUACCUUUUGUCUCAAAGGCAUCAAAAGUGAAUAAGUUAUGAGCAUUGUAUUUGUUAACCGUCUAAGUUAGAAGAAAUAAAAAAUAAGAAGUUGAGUUUAGUGUUUAGUGAGGUAAAAAUUCGAAACAGUCCUGUCUAAAAACAUUUUAAGCAGAAUUCGAAAGUCCAUAUAUAAUAAACCCUUUUAAACAAAACAUUUCGAUGUUCGAUACUUACAAAGAAAUGGUAAAAGUUAAACGUGCAUCUACAAUCUAGCUACUUAUAUUACUUAUUUAGUUAUUUUUAUUCAAACAGUCUAGUACAAUAUUGACAUCUCUUUAAACAUAGGCAUAUUCCGUCUGCCUGUUUGUGCGCGAGGAACACGUCGUGUCACGGAAACACGAAAUGCGAUUUUUCCACGGGCUCUCUAUUAUAAUAGCCGUAUUCUGUCUGUCUGUCUCUGCGCGGACCCCCCGCUGAGUUAGAAAAUGAUGUUACGGAAACACGAAUAUCAAAUAUGAUAUAUUUUUAUCCACUUUGUUGCGACGGGUAAAUAUAAAGAACGGGCGACCCCGUGGAUUUUUCCACGGACUAACGACUAGUCUAUAUUAUAAUACCCGUAUAGCUACAUCUGUCCAUCUAUCACGCAAAAUAG